CGUCCGCUACCAAAAAGCAAAAGCCCCAACCCCGAAACCCACAGCGGUCGCCCAAGUGAUUGCGUGUUUGUUUGAUUGCGAAGAAAAGCAUCGGCGACGGGCACGCAAGCUCCUAUGCAGAGAUGAUUAUGGAGUUUGUUGGAGUUUCACGAUUCGCUAAUUCCCCUUAUUGUUCUUAGAUAGAGAUUAGAAAUGGAAAUGGCUGGUGCUUUUAUGGAUUACAAGUUAUCAAGCUGUGCGUUGAGUCGUUGCUUUCGCUUGCGAUCCAAGUCUGCAACUUCUCCCUCAAACUCCUCCUCCUCAUCCUCUUCUUAUCUUCUUCAAUCGCGCUUUUCCGAGCGCCUUUGAUGACCAUGAUCCUCUGUCUUCGACCUUAUUCCGGAUCUCAGUUGCAGGUCCACUCCCACAAUCAGAAUCUCGAUAUCAUCCUCAACAACAACGACCAUCCGCAAUAUUCUACUUUUUCCGCAUGGACCCCGCUGCCUCUCGCCCCGCUGUAGUAAUCGACAACGGCACCGGAUAUACUAAAAUGGGAUACGCCGGCAAUGUAGAGCCGUGUUUUAUUGUUCCUAGUGUAGUUGCAGUUAACGAAUCGUUCUUAAACCAAUCGAAAAACUCGUCAAAAGCAAAUUGGCUUGCGCAGCAUAAUGCUGGUGUAAUGGCAGAUCUUGAUUUCUUCAUUGGAGAUGAGGCGCUUACGAAGUCGAGAUCUAGUAGUACUUAUAAUCUUAGCUAUCCAAUUCGAAAGGGUCAGGUUUACAAUUGGGAUGCCAUGGAGCGGUUCUGGCAGCAGUGUAUAUUCAAUUAUCUGCGGUGUGAUCCGGAGGAUCAUUAUUUUCUUUUGACUGAGAGCCCCCUUACGGCACCCGAGAGUCGGGAGUAUACGGGUGAAAUUAUGUUCGAGACGUUUAACGUUCCGGGGCUCUAUAUUGCUGUCAAUUCCGUGCUCGCUCUUGCCGCUGGUUAUACUACAUCUAAGUGUGAGAUGACAGGAGUUGUAGUGGACAUUGGAGAUGGGGCUGCUCAUGUUGUGCCUGUUGCAGAUGGCUACGUUAUUGGAAGCAGCAUUAAGUCGGUUCCCAUUGCUGGCAAAGAUGUGACGCUAUUUGUCCAGCAGCUCAUGAAGGAAAGAGGAGAGAAUGUACCACCUGAGGACUCUUUUGAAGUGGCCCGAAAAGUGAAGGAAAUGUAUUGCUAUACCUGUUCUGACAUUGUCAAGGAGUUCAAUAAGCAUGAUAGGGAGCCAGGCAAGUAUAUAAAGCACUGGAAGGGAAUUAAACCCAAGACUGGCGCACCAUAUUCCUGUGAUAUUGGCUAUGAACGAUUUCUUGGUCCUGAGGUAUUUUUCAAUCCUGAAAUUUAUAGCAGCGACUUUACCACUCCAUUGCCUGUUGUAAUAGACAGGUGUAUUCAGUCUGCACCAAUUGAUACCAGAAGAGCGUUGUACAAGAACAUAGUACUAUCUGGAGGUUCAACAAUGUUCAAGGACUUCCAUAGGAGGUUACAAAGAGACUUGAAGAAGAUCGUGGAUGCCCGAAUCCUUGCUUCUGAAGCUAGAAUAGGAGGAGAAAUAAAAUCGCAUCCAGUGGAAGUCAAUGUUGUUAGCCAUCCCAUCCAGAGAUUUGCCGUCUGGUUUGGUGGCUCUGUUCUUGCGUCAACUCCCGAGUUUUUUGUGGCUUGUCAUACAAAAGCAGAAUAUGAGGAGUAUGGUGCAAGCAUAUGCCGCACAAAUCCUGUUUUCAAAGGAAUGUACUGAUGCAAAAGAUCCUUGAGCUUUUUGGCCUUUGGAUAGUAUAGUCCCUGACUUAUGUUGUGGAUCAGAUGCUUUGCUGUUUCCCCCUUAACAUGCACCUCGAUUCGGUUCCAUGCUGUGCAGGCUUUCAUAGAUGUACAUGGGUGGUGUAAAAUAUGAUCAUUUUCUGUAUAAUUUGUACGAAAUGUGGUUCAUUACUUCAAUUCUUUCAUUGGGGGCCAGGUUUUCUAAAAUUAGCAAUUGGUCCAAAUUUAGCAUUCUCAUGUAGAUGGGCGUUGAGGAAUCCUAUAAAAAUCAGCAUUCCAGUGAAUUUUAGACGAGAGCUGAAUUGCAUGUUUUUUUGGCGUUCAGCUUAGGUGAAAGUUUCAAAAAGAGGUUUAUUUUCUUGUGUGUGUGACAAUGUCUUAUGAUCGAUUACGACCAAAAACUUUAAACAUUUGGAAUGCUUAAUAAUCCGCAAUCUUUAGUCA